AUGGCGCGGUCGGGCGGCCUAGGCCGCAUUCAGGAGCUGCAGCUGGAGGCCUUCCCGGCGGCGGCGGCCGAGGACGAGGCUUUCUUGCCCGAGCCCUCGGCCCAGAGGGCGCCCCGACGUCCACGGUCACCGCCCUCCUCGCCCGUUUUCUUCGCCAGCCCAUCCCCGACUUUCCGCAGGCGCCUUCGGAUUCUCCGAAACUUCCAGGAUUUUGGACGGCAGAGGUGGGCUGGCUUCGAGGCGGAGAAUGGGCCGAUGCCAUCUCCAGGCCGCAGCCCCCUGGACUCGCAGGCGAGCCCAGGUCUCGUGCUGCACGCUGGGGCAGCCACUAGCCAGCGCCGGGAAUCCUUCCUGUACCGUUCAGACAGUGACUAUGACAUGUCACCCAAGACUAUGUCCCGGAACUCAUCAGUCACCAGCGAGGCGCAUGCUGAAGAUCUCAUCGUAACGCCGUUUGCCCAGGUGCUGGCCAGUCUCCGGAGCGUCCGUAGCAACUUCUCUCUCCUGACCAAUGUGCCCAUUCCCAACAACAGGCGAUCCCCACUGGGUGGCCCAACACCUAUCUGCAAGGCCACAUUAUCAGAGGAGACAUGUCAACAGUUGGCCCGGGAGACGUUGGAGGAGUUGGACUGGUGUCUUGAGCAGCUGGAGACCAUGCAGACCUACCGCUCUGUCAGCGAGAUGGCUUCACAUAAGUUCAAGAGGAUGCUGAACCGUGAACUCACACACCUGUCAGAAAUGAGCAGGUCAGGAAACCAGGUCUCAGAAUAUAUUUCCACAACAUUCCUGGACAAACAGAAUGAAGUAGAGAUCCCGUCACCCACGAUGAAGGAGCGAGAAAAACAGCAAGUGCCACGACAGAGACCCUCUCAGCAGCCCCCGCCCCCUGUGCCUCAUCUCCAGCCCAUGUCUCAGAUCACAGGGGUGAAAAAGUUGACCCAUAACAGCAGCCCGAAUAACUCUGGUGUCCCCCGCUUUGGUGUGAAGACAGACCAAGAAGAGCUACUGGCACAAGAACUGGAGAACUUAAACAAGUGGGGCCUCAACAUCUUUUGUGUGUCGGACUAUGCAGGAGGUCGCUCCCUCAGUUGCAUCAUGUAUAUGAUAUUCCAGGAACGGGACCUGCUGAAAAAAUUCCGCAUCCCUGUGGACACAAUGGUGACCUAUAUGAUGACCCUGGAGGACCACUACCACACAGAUGUGGCCUACCACAAUAGCCUUCACGCAGCUGAUGUGCUGCAGUCCACCCACGUGCUGCUGGCCACACCUGCACUGGAUGCUGUUUUCACGGACCUGGAAAUUCUUGCUGCCCUCUUCGCGGCUGCCAUUCAUGACGUGGAUCACCCUGGCGUCUCCAACCAGUUCCUCAUCAACACUAAUUCAGAGCUAGCGCUCAUGUACAAUGACGAGUCGGUGCUCGAGAACCACCACCUGGCCGUGGGCUUCAAGCUGCUGCAGGAGGACAACUGCGACAUCUUCCAGAACCUCAGCAAGCGCCAGCGGCAGAGUCUGCGGAAGAUGGUCAUCGACAUGGUGCUGGCCACGGACAUGUCUAAGCACAUGACCCUCCUGGCUGACCUGAAGACCAUGGUGGAGACCAAGAAAGUGACCAGUUCGGGGGUCCUCCUGCUGGACAACUACUCCGACCGCAUCCAGGUCCUUCGAAACAUGGUCCACUGUGCAGACCUCAGCAACCCCACCAAGCCACUGGAGCUAUACCGCCAGUGGACAGACCGCAUCAUGGCCGAGUUCUUCCAGCAGGGUGACCGUGAGCGUGAACGUGGCAUGGAGAUCAGCCCCAUGUGUGAUAAGCACACAGCCUCUGUGGAGAAGUCUCAGGUGGGUUUCAUUGACUACAUUGUGCAUCCGUUAUGGGAGACAUGGGCUGACCUUGUCCACCCAGAUGCACAGGAGAUCCUGGACACAUUGGAGGACAACCGGGACUGGUACUACAGUGCCAUCCGGCAGAGCCCUUCUCCACCACCUGAGGAGGAGCCAGGGGGGCCAGGCCGUCCACCCCCACCUGACAAGUUCCAAUUUGAGCUAACGCUGGAGGAGGAAGAAGAGGAGGAGACACCUACAGCUCAGAUACCACCCCUAGCCCAGGAUGCUCGGGAAGGGCAGGGACUGUCCACCACUGAGGAAGAAUCAUUGGUUCCAGAUGAGACCACAGCCAAGCCUGCACUCCCAAUGGAGGAACAGGACAUGUGUCCAGAGAUUGAGGUAGAAGAGGUGUGUUUGAUGCAGCAGCCACAUUCAGAAGGUGGUGCACCUGUAGCCCAGGAGGAGCUCAUGUCCCAGGAAGGAUCAGUGGAUGCUGUAAGCUGUAGCAUUCCCUCUGCCCUGUAUCUUGGAAGCCCCCUUCUGCCUACCUUGCGGACCCCAUCCAUUUCAAAGGAGGCCCCGGGCCUCCCGGGCCUCCCCUCCACGGCAGCUGAGGUGGGGGCCCACAGAGAGUAUCAGGCUGCCAAGAGGGCUUACAGUGCCUGCCCUGGGACCUCUGGGGAAGAGCCUCCGACACUCCUAGCUCCUGGUGGCUGGGAGUCCAGCGGAGACCCCACCUGAGCCCUAGUGCCCCUUCCCUGUGGCCCUCCCUGCUCCCCGGUUCCCCCCUACCCCCACAACCACCUCCUCCGCUGCCUCAAAGACUCUAAGCCCUCCUGAGAAAAAAGAAAACC